AUGAUGGCAUCUAUAAUUGAAAAAAGACCCAAUGAAGAUGCUUUAGCACAACCUAAAAAGACUAAACAACCGAAACGAAUAAGUAGAAAAUAUAAAUCAAAGAAAAAAGCAAUUGAUCCAACUUCUCCCCAAGGUGUACUUGAAUUUGAAAUUGAUGAUUUAUUAAAAGAACAUAAUCUAACAAGAGAAGAUGUGCGCAAUGACAUGAAACCAAUACUCAACGAUCCAACAUAUGAAUCAAAAAUCCAUAGAACUCAAUCGGAUGUUAAAAUAUUAAAAUUUACUUCAAAUGGUGAUUCAUUAGCCAUGGUUGAAAAUCCAAUAGAUUCUACUAAAAAGCAAAUUUUACUAAUCCCAUUCGGUAUGCCUGAUGAUAUAGUAACUGUUAAAAUUUGGAAAAGUCAUCCAUUAUAUUCUGAAUGUGAUUUAAUAUCAGUUGAUCAACCAAAUGAAAAACGAGAUGAAAGUUUAAUUAAUUGUAGAUAUUUUGGAUUAUGUUCUGGUUGUCAAUUUCAAAAUAUUUCAUAUAUUGAUCAAUUAGAAAUUAAAAGAGAUACAAUCGUAAAUGCUUUUAAAUUUUUUGCUCCAAAUUUAACCAUACCUGAAAUUUCAAAAACUCAAGAAUCACCAUUACAAUAUAAUUAUAGAACAAAAUUAACACCUCAUUUUACAUUAACUAGACAUCAAACAGGUAAAGAUUUAUCUGAAAAGCCAAAUGUAGGAUUUGGAUGUAAGGGUAAACCAAAAUUUAGAUAUCCAGAUUAUGAUUUUCCAAAAGACGGUAUUUUAGAUAUUGAGGAAUGUUCAAUAGGUACUGAAAUUAUAAAUAAGGGUAUGGACAAUGAACAAAAAUUACUUGAAAAGACAUAUAAGAAUUAUGAAAGGGGUGCAACUAUAUUAUUAAGGGAAGAUACAAAAGUCAAAGAUGAGAACUUUGUUUUAGGUAAUGGUUCAAAAGAUCCAGAAGGGAAUAUUUCAAAUAUUGAAGUUCAAAUAGAUGAUCAAAAUCUUGUUAAAACUUGUGUUACAAAUACUAGACAAAUAGUUCAAGAAAUUAUUGAAGGUUAUAAAUUUGAGUUUUCAGCUGGUGAAUUUUUCCAAAAUAAUAAUUCAAUAUUACCAAUAGUGACUAGAUAUGUAAGAGAUAACUUGUUUGCAAAUGUUAAUGAAGAAAAUUAUCUUGUUGAUGCUUAUUGUGGUUCUGGACUUUUUUCAAUAACUUGUUCUCCAAAAGUUUUGAAAGCAAUUGGGGUUGAAAUUAGUGCUGAUUCAGUGAAAUUUGCUAAAAGAAAUGCAGAAUUAAAUAAUUUGAAGAAUACUAAAUUUAUGACUGGUAAAGCUGAAGAAAUAUUUAAAAAUAUAGAAACUCCAAAUGAUAAAACUUCAAUUAUAUUAGAUCCACCAAGAAAAGGAUGUGAUGAAUUAUUUCUAAAACAAUUAUCAGAUUAUAAACCAGUAAAGAUAGUUUAUAUAUCUUGUAAUGUUCAUUCACAAGCAAGAGAUUUAAAUUGGUUUAUUAAUGAAAGUGAAAAUGGUAAAGAUUAUAAAAUAGAAAGCAUAAAAGGGUUUGAUUUUUUUCCACAAACACAUCAUGUUGAAAGUGUAGCAGUAUUAUCAUUAAAAUAA